AUGCGAAUAACCGAAGACCGGAGACUGCAACAAUGGGCUAAGGAGGCUCGCAUCGCACUUUUCGGCCAGACCUUCUACUACAAAAUCUUCUCUCUAACCGCUCCUGCCAUUGAACGCGUGUACAUGUCACAUCAGCAGUCGAGACGCAAUUCCGGCUUACACGUCGCUGCAGAUGGACCGUAUGAUAGUAGGGGUUUCAGCGCGAAAAUUAGGAAAAGUCUUGGUUGCAGAUUCUUCAAACGAAAUUGGUCAUGCACUGUGAAGUGCUGUAUAGGUCGGAGUGCGGUCAGCCUUUCAACAUUGAGUGCUGCUCACUAUCACCACCUUUCAUAUAGACGACCACAGCUCGAGAAUAGAAAUAGAAGGUUUGAGGCGAGCGUUGCACUGAUUAUGCAUGCAAGGUUUUCACAUAAGCUCCCUCACGACAGACAGGAGCAGAAGCUUCCAAGGCGUACUGCAGGGAGUGGAGCGGGUACAUGGUACCUCAAUAGAGCACUAUUUCGAUGGAUGGCAUCUUAUCAAGUGGUUAGGAAACGGAUUGCGAAAGGUACAAGGCAAACAAUUCCAAUUUACCGUGAGUCUCGUGGUUCAGAACGCGACGCCAUUAGAGGACGGAUAGAAAAAACUAAAACCCAUCUUUGGGAUUGUAUAGAGCGUGGCAUCUCAGGAGAAGACGUGAGGCACAGGUUCAAUGGGUGUUUAAUGCAUGUUAGAGACGUGCAUAAUUGGGAGGAGUCACUUGCAAAUUUUAAAAUGCCCUUACCGGUAGCUUUACGUCUUGCUCUCAUGGUCCUCUCAAACCUCCACGGCCGGAAACCCUUCAGCUAG